GGAAAGCUGAGUGCCCGGAACCUUUGUACGCGCGCUUCCCCGAGCCCGGGAGUUAUUGGGCGUUGCGCGGCGGCUGGCCGAAGCCGGUUGCCAGGGCGACGUCUGCGAAGAUGGCUGCUGCGUCUUCGUCUGAUUCCGACUGCGGCCGAGCUGAGAGCAACGAGGCCAGUUCGAAAUGGCUGGACGCACACUACGACCCCGUGGCCAACAUCCACACCUUUUCCAGCUGCCUGGCGCUGGCAGAUUUGCAUGGGGAUGGGGAGUACAAGCUGGUGGUGGGGGAUCUUGGCCCAGGUGGGCAGCAUCCCCGCCUGAAGGUGCUCAAAGGACCCACAGUGCUGACUGAAAGCCCAUUACCUGCACUGCCAGCUGCGGCCGCCACCUUCCUUAUGGAGCAACAUGAACCCCGGACACCAGCUCUGGCACUCGCUUCAGGCCCUUGUGUGUAUGUGUAUAAGAAUCUUAGGCCCUACUUCAAGUUCAGCCUGCCCCAGUUGCCGCCAAACCCCCUGGAACAAGAUCUUUGGAACCAGGCCAAGGAGGACCGGAUUGACCCCUUGACGCUGAAGGAGAUGCUGGAAGGCAUCCGGGAGAAGGCAGAGGUGCCUUUGUCGGUACAGUCACUCAGGUUUCUACAGCUGGAGCUGAGUGAAAUGGAGGCAUUUGUGAGCCAGCACAAAUCCAAGUCCAUCAAGCGGCAGACAGUCAUCACCACCAUGACCACCUUGAAGAAGAACCUGGCUGACGAGGAUGCUGUUUCCUGCCUGGUGCUGGGCACUGAGAACAAGGAGCUCCUGGUGUUGGACCCGGAGGCCUUCAUCAUUUUGGCCAAGAUGAGCCUACCCAGCGUCCCCGUCUUCCUGGAUGUUUCUGGCCAGUUUGAUGUGGAGUUCCGGCUUGCUGCUGCCUGCCGCAACGGGAACAUCUAUAUCCUGAGAAGAGACUCCAAGCGCCCCAAGUACUGCAUCGAGCUGAGCGCCCAGCCUGUGGGGCUUGUCCGGGUACACAAGGUCCUGGUGGUGGGCAGCACCCAAGACAGCCUGCAUGGCUUCACCCACAAGGGUAAAAAGCUGUGGACAGUGCAAAUGCCAGCAGCCAUCUUGACCAUGAAUCUCCUGGAGCAGCACUCCCGGGGCCUGCAGGCCGUCAUGGCUGGGCUGGCCAAUGGAGAAGUCCGCAUUUACCAUGAUAAGACCCUGCUCAAUGUCAUCCGCACCCCGGAUGCAGUGACCAGCCUUUGUUUUGGCCGGUAUGGACGGGAAGAUAACACCCUCAUCAUGACCACACGAGGCGGUGGCCUGAUUAUCAAGAUCCUGAAGCGUACGGCAGUGUUUGUGGAAGGGGGAGGUGAGGCGGGCCCCCCACCAGCCCAGGCCUUGAAACUCAACGUGCCCCGAAAGACCCGGCUUUACGUGGAUCAGACGCUGCGAGAGCGGGAGGCUGGCACCGCCAUGCACCGGACCUUCCAGACCGACCUCUACCUGCUGCGCCUCCGGACUGCCCGCGCCUACGUGCAGGCCCUUGAGUCCAGCCUGAAUCCUGUAUCUGUGACAGCCCGGGAGCCCCUCAAGCUGCACGCUGUGGUUCAGGGCCUGGGUCCCACCUUUAAGCUCACACUUCACCUGCAGAACACCUCAGCAGCCCGACCCAUCCUGGGGCUGCUGGUCUGCUUCCUGUACAACGAGGUGCUCUACGCCCUGCCCCGGGCCUUCUUCAAGGUCCCCUUGCUGGUGCCAGGGCUCAGCUACCCACUAGAGACCUUUGUGGAGAGUCUCAGUGACAAAGGCAUCUCGGACAUGAUCAAGGUGCUGGUGCUUCGUGAAGGCCAGAGUGCACCCCUCCUGAGUGCCCACAUCAACAUGCCCGUGAGCGAGGGGCUGGCAGCCGCUUGACCCCUGGACUGGUGUUAAAGCCCCUGUAGAAUCGGGACCAGGAAGAUUCAGCCGCUUCCACUCAGCUGGGCAGAGUCAAUGGCCCAGUCCCCGAGCAGCAGUAUGUUGGGGCCACGGUUUCCUUCUCCUCUCCUAAGUGUCCCCUUUCUCACCACCCUGACUGCUGGGUGACCGAUAGCAGCAGGUCAGUGAGUACCCAGGAGGUUCAGCUCCUUCCCCCUCAGGAAAACCCAGGCAUUUGCCCACCGGACUACUGCUGCCCUUCAUCCUCCCCACUUUUGUCCAGAAAUCACCCCCAGGGCCGAAGGAAGAUCUCUGAAGUGGUCAAGGUGAGAUGAGGGGGCUCGGGCCCAGCCUUCUCCUUUGCUGCUUUCUGUAGGCACAUUACUCCUGGGUUGCUGCAGGCCCAGGCCAGAAUUGGCCACGGCCUGGCCUGGGGUAAUCAGAGGCUUUUCUUGGGUGAGACUGAGCCCCCUGUUGCUCCCUGGGGUUCCAGAGGCUUGUCUGAUGCUGGUCCAGAUUACAGGCAAAACACAUGCUCUGAUUUCUCCUUGUGAGCCAAACAAGGGAGCCUAGGGAGUAGUUGCCUCCCCACAGGGGCCUUUCCUGAAAUCUUGGGCUCAGCCAAAGUCUCAGGCCUGUGAUGCUCCAUGAAGAUCGCCAAGGGAGGAGGUGGUGCCAGGAAAGCAUAGGGCGCCCAUGCCAGGAGCUAGUGGCCCCAGCCCCCACCGGGCUUCUGAACACCACACAACUGCCGCUCCUGACUUGGUCGCUCGUGUCCAGAAAGAGCGUCCCAGGAGAGGAAGGCUCAGUUAGAGCACAAGUGGGGCUGGGGUGCGCAGGAGAGGCGUUUCCGGCCCCUGGGGAGGUGGCACAGGAGGCAGAAGCCCAGAACUGCUCUUCUGUGCCCUGGAGCCCAGAUCAAUCACGUAAGUGGAAAGUUUACUGGGCAGUGGCAUUAGCUGGAAUGGCAUGGACCAGAGGUGUUGAGUGAGGCUAAAGACUGAGGGAAAGCACAUGUUCAGACCACAAAGGCCCUAGACCCACAGUCCCGGACCUCAGUGCCUCCUGAGCCCUGGCCAGUGUCAGGCUGGUGCUACCAGGGCCACCUUGAGCCACUUAGGAGCCAGGAACCCUGCUCCCUGAGCACCUGUCUUUUCCUCUGUAUGACCAGGUACAGCCUAGCAUAUGGUACCUCAGGCUUGUGGGAAGUAACCAAAUCCUUCUAGGCUGUAGUUUCCCCACAUGUAAAAUGAGGCAGUUUGUGACCAAAUUGAGCUCUAGCAUCCUGUGAGCUUGGCAGCCGCUCUAGAGGAAAUGAGGACUCCACUCCAGAAAGGGGGGAUUUGACAGGAGUAACUGCAGGGCUUUUGCCCUUGAGACCAAGGGCCCCACACUAACUGCCAUGGCCGGGCAAUAACCUCUUGUCCAGGACCCCAGCAAGGGAUUGGGGUGACACAGCUCUCAGCUCACCCCAAACCCUCCCAAGGAAUGCAUUCUGGGGCCAGGUUAAGAAAGAAUGGGGUAUGGGCCAAAGAAAGAGCCCAUCCCCCUCCUCUGUGCAGAGCCUGGCCGCUUGUAGACAUAGAUUAAUUGGGUCAGGGUGGUGAAGGGUCUCUAGAUCAAGCCAAGUGAGUCACAGUUGGACGAAGCGGGAGGUUUAACCUGCAGAGCUUCCUAAGAGAGCUUGGCAGAGAUGGAAAGGCCUGCUCUAGAAGGUAGUAAGCCCCUUAUCUCUGGAGCUCUGUCACUGGGGCUGGGCUAGCUCUUCACUGGGCCAUAUGACCAUACAAUCUCUUCUUCCCCGAUCAUGUGAUGACUGUGUGAGCUCGGAACACCAAGUCUAGUUUGUAGCUAUUCAUGAUGAUGGAAGUGGAGAAGCUUCCUAUGCCCAGCACCUAAAGAGAGUUUGUGUGAUGUAAUACUAUGUAUCUAUUAUUAAAAAUACAUGAACUGCACUGAUGUGGACAAGUAUACAUAAAGCAAUAUGAAACCAGGAACAGUCAUGGCACCCAGUGCACUCACUGGUUGGAGCUCCAGGAGAUUGUGUACAUUAGGGAUGAGGGAAGUUAUUAUCUUUUAAAAAAGUAUUUAUCUAAAACCACGUACCUACUUAGUACUAUGGAAUUCUCCCCAUUCCCCACUACUGCUCCCUUGCUACAAUCAUUUUCAGUUCUCUUAGCUAUUUUUUUAAGUAAUCUCUGCAUCCAGUGGUGGGGCUUGAACUCAACCCCAAGAUCACGAGUCGCAUACUCCACUGACUGAGCCAGCCAGGUAUCCAUUAGCUAUUUAUCUUAAAAAUAUGCUUAUACUACUCUUGCUUGAUUUAUCAUUCUAGACACUAUCUGUUGCGUCCCUAUUGUAAAAGGCGAGGCUUUAGCUCUCUUGUGGAGUACUUUGCGCUUUUUCUCCCCAGUUUUUAGGUAAAUCAAUACUUACUGUUUAGAUGGCUGUUUAUCUUACUAUAUGAAAGUUAUUCCCUGCAGAGCCAAAAUUGGGAUAUAAUUAAAUUACCUUUUAAUUUUU